AUGCACAAAAAUGCGCGGGCGCAUGAAAUUAUCAAGACAAGUGAGUUCGGUCGUUCAACUCAGAUAUACAAAGGAUUGGAUAUAGUAACUGCCAAGGCAUCUCCUCAAGAACGGGAGCUGGUCAAACAUCAUCUACUCGAUAUACUGGAACCUCAUCAGAAUUUCACGGUGGUGGACUUUAGAAGCAGAGCCCUUAAUAUUAUAGACAAUUUAACCGAACAAGGUAAAAUACCAAUAGUUGUAGGAGGUACGAACUACUACAUAGAAUCCAUUGUGUAUAAUAUAUUGGUCGAAGAUAUGAACGAUCCGGAGGCUUUGCUGUGGGAUAAAAGUAGGAGGAAAAGAAACUUCGCAGAUGAUAUUGAUGAAAUGCCAAUAAAAAAAGCCUCUCUUGAUCCAAGUGAUGAGGCUGAAGAUGCUCUAGUAGCAGAAUCUGAUACUAAAGUCAAUUCAGAUGGGAAAAAGAAUAGUAAGAGUAUUGACGUUAGUAAAUUAAAAGAAGAUGUGGAUAAUGAGAGGAAGUUCACUAAUGAAGAGAUUCAUGAGAGACUAAAAGCCGUCGACCCGGUGAUGGCUUCGAGGUUACAUCCGAAUAAUAGGCGUAAAGUAUUAAGGUAA